AUGGAACUAACUGGAAAAACUCUCCAAGACCCAAUAACAAACGCAACGUACUGUGUUUAUAGCUCUGAUGUAGCCACUGGUUAUGGUGUUGGAGCUUUCCUUUUCCUCCUCUCGAGUGAAUCAUUGCUUAUGGGUGUCACCAAAUGCAUGUGUUUUGGUAGACCUUUAGCCCCGGGAAGCGACCGUGCUUGGUCUAUUAUCUACUUCAUCUCUUCUUGGCUGACAUUUCUGAUAGCAGAAGCUUGUUUAAUAGCAGGAGCAACGAAGAACGCAUACCACACAAAGUACUUAAGCGCGCAAACCUUCUCGUGUGAAUCAUUGCGUAAAGGAAUUUUCAUCGCAGGGGCGGUGUUUAUAGUUGCCACUAUGGUCCUUAAUGUCUACUACUACAUGUACUUUACCAAAUCUAUCUCUUCGCCGCCUGCUCACAAAGCAAACCGAUCGGGUUCGAAUGUCGGUAUGGCCGGUUAUGCAUAA